AUGGACGCCUGCGUCGCCUGCCAGAACCCGCUGAUCAUCGAGGUCGACUACAGCGACAGCGAGGAUGACGUCCAAAUGGGCGGCUCCAGCAGCGCUGCCGCCCGCACCUCCCAAACCGUCCCCGACGACGUGCAUCUGAACUGUGGAUGCCACUUCCACUGGGAGUGUCUGCUGGAGGCGUAUUCCGUCACCGAGUGUCCCAACUGUCACGCUAGCAUCGUGUCCACGGCCCCCGACGGCGGCCAACAGGUCCUGAGCCACAUUCACAACGAGGGCGGCCAGCAGCAGAAUGUCGACAUCCUGCCGCUGCUCAGCGAGGAGGGCUACCUCAAGGCCUACCCGGAGGAACGCAAAUGCCGCGCAUUCCUCGAGUUCUGCCGCGACGGCGACGUUGACGCGGUGAUUCACAUGCUGCAGGACGAAGAUAGCGACGACGACGACGCCAUGCAGGAUGGUCCCAAAAUCGACAUCCUGCGCUACCAGGACACGCUGGGCGAGAUGCAGUCUGGCCUCCACGCCGCGGUGCAGGGCGGAAGCGAGGAGGUCGUAUGGCUGCUCCUGCUCCUGGCCUCGAAUUUGGACUACUCUCAAUUUCCCCAGGAGGUCUUCGACGCCGCAAAGCAAUUUGGUGUCGAGAGAGAAGACCAGACUGGCAAGGAAGACAUCCGGACAUUGAAGGACGCGCAGGGCCGCACUGCCGAAGCUCUGGCCGCACAGAUGGGAGGAGUCUGGGCCGGCUGGCCUGGCACGGGGAGGCUCGGAGUCUGA